AUCAAAUUUUGUAAAUGUAAAUUUUAUACAAGUUAUAUAUAUCAUAUUAUUAUUGUAUCUGUCAUGGAAGUGUGAAAUUAUGAAAAGUUUACAAUUCGCUAAUAUCAUUGGUUAAUAAAUUUAACAAAUGAUUAGUUAAUAAAUAUCCAGAUACUAGAUACUAACUAAACUGUAGUAUAGGUUGUAUCUCUUGGUUUUAUCUUGUCCGUGCAUCAAGUAUUCCUGGCUGGAACGAAUGCGCAUGCCUGAAAAUAUGGAGCUUAGCUUCCGGCGAGAAUAGCAAGCGGCAAGCAUAGAAGCUCGGGAGAGUGUUGUUUGGUUGUUGUAAAAUGACAGCCAUUACAAUCUCGCCGGCUACACAAGGAAUUAUUCAAGUUGUAAAUGAAAGUAACUUGUGUAAAAUCGAGGGCUUCCUCAAUGACACAGCAUACAGGGAAGCCAUUGAAAACUCGUCGAAUUAUAACAGCCGACUAUGUAGGGAACGACGUUUACGUAUGCCUUUCCUCGAUUCUCAAACAGGUGUAGCACAGAAUCACUCCGCGUUAUUUAUGUCUUCGAGAGAAAGGCUACCAGGCUUGUUACAUGGACAAAUAUACACAUAUCCCAGUAAAAGAUGGAGGAAAAAACGGCGACAAUAUUUGAUGCAUUAUUUGCAUCCAAAAAGAGGACCAAGAGGUGACACUGAAGACGGUAAUGAAGGUAUAGAGACUGUAACACAUGUAAAUGAUGAUAGCAAAGAUUCAGUGGCCCUUAAAGAUGAACAUAGUAAAGAUGCAUGGUACUAUGAUGAGCAAGACAUGUUAGAUAUGGACACAUAUGAGGAACCAGAUGCUGAAAGUGAUUACGAUUAUGAGGAGAGUUAUAGCAGUAAAAGGAAACGAAGAAAACCACGUGGAGGUGGUCACCACCCUGCACGAAAUCAUCCGUCUUCUUCAGACAGUCCUGGGGGCAAACGUACUAAGCAGCAGCAACAACAACAGCCGUCUCAGCAGCAACAAUUGCCGACGGUGGCAACAACAACGGUAGCGCCAGCCUCGCCUACAAUACCAACUGCGAAGGAGGAGCAUCUGCCGGCAGUGCCGUCGCCAGGCACGGCCGUGCCAUCGCCUUCCUCGGUGAGAGCCGAGGGCCCGCCAACACCAGGGACGAACGAUAAAAAAACUGGCAAGUCCGCGCAACCAUCCCCGUACUGCGACUUCUGUCUGGGCGAUGCUAGGGAAAAUAAAAAGACCGGCGGUUCCGAGGAGUUGGUCUCUUGCAGUGAUUGCGGCCGCUCAGGGCAUCCGACUUGUUUGCAAUUCACAGCGAACAUGAUCGUUUCUGUUCGCAAGUACAGGUGGCAGUGUAUCGAAUGCAAAUGCUGUUCCAUCUGUGGCACUUCUGACAACGAUGAUCAGCUGCUGUUCUGUGACGACUGUGAUCGUGGAUACCACAUGUAUUGUCUAUCUCCACCUCUUGCGUCUCCUCCCGAGGGCUCCUGGUCAUGCCGUCUGUGCAUAGCAGAGUUUCAUCGCCGUGAUUAA